UCACUGAGAACAGUCUGCGCUCAGCUGUGCUGAUAAAUAAAAUUUCUUAUUCCGAGUUUUAAUGUCUAAUAAACAAAAACAAUUUAAAAAAGGAUCUAUUAAAUUCAUUGUAUUAAAAACUAAAGCCAUUUUCGAGACGAGUAAUUUAAAAUUAAAAAGUUAUUGAAGAUAAACACUGAUAAAACAGGCAAGCGAGUAGACAUGGAGCAUAUGUUGGAGCAGCCGCAGUUGCCACACAAUAUACCGUCGCCGGUAGAGUUUAACACAAAUUUGGUCGAGCUUAUAAAGCAACUUAUUAAAGAAAAUCAAUAUGAGGGUGUUGCAUUGUUAUUCACUAGCGAACCUGAAGCCACGCGUAAUAUAAGUUGCCUCCAAACCGUGGGCAUGGAGCUGUAUCAUGAUGUUUGCGUAUCUUAUCUUACAACUCAAAUACACGAUGAACAACCUCCUUUGUAUACAUGUGCUGAAGAGCUAUUGUGUUUAAUUGCCGCGCAUGCACCCACGGAAGAAUUGCUGUUAGAACUUCUUGAUAUUGUUGAAGAACAGAAAUCGGAGUAUGUUUUCACAUCCGCUUUACGUGCACUGCAAGUAGUUUUAUUGCGAAUGGGUAAUAAGAAACCGCGUGCGCUCGAAUGGUGUUUGAAUUCUAUACGUACCCGGAUAGAAGGAUUGCCGCUACCGAAAUAUCUUAAAGAAGGCUAUGAUCGAAAACAGGAACGCCUACUCGAACAAAAUGAAGAAAUUGAAAAAUUGUUAAUGCACUUUAUUACUGUGGAUCUAUUCUACGAACCACUACUGAGAGAUGUUUUGUUGCAGCAGUGUACUACCAAUGAAAUAUUUUUUGAUACCAGUAUAAACAGGCGCAAUGUUUUGUGUUGCUUUCUAAUUCAAAUGCUUGGAAAGCCACUAGCGUUGUUAGAUUUGUCAUCCGACGAACGUAAAACCAACAUAUACACAAUACAAUGCGCACGAAAACUAACCAAAGGCGCAACGCGUUGUUUAGUAGAUCCCCUGCGACUUCUUUCCGUAGGUGAGUACCGUGUGCGCUGGUGUCGUCGCUUAGAUGCUGAUAAGGGGGUACAUGAAAUGAGCUCUAACAAUAUAUUUCUAAUAGAAGAAAAACUGCCUUUAGAGUCCUUGGCAAUUUAUUUCUAUAUGCUGUUUGUGGAGGAAAUCAGUUUGGCUUCUGUGCCCAAAAUUUACUUGCCAAUUUACAUAUUUGAAACCGGUAUUUACUACGCGAACGAGUUGUUGGCACAUGAGGAGUCACCGCUACAUUAUCGCGCUCUUUUAUUGGUAAAACGUUUAUUGGAUAACUUGUUACAAACCAAGAUAUCUGCAGUUUCAUUGGAGUUGGAAGUACACAAAAAUUUUUGUAAUAUUCUCUGCAAUAUUGUUGGUUAUUCCUCACAAAAUGAUCUAAGACAGAUAGGAAUUAAACUGUUGCGACAAUAUAUUUUACAAUUUGAUGAAGAAGGCAAAUAUUUGGUGCUAAAAAAUUUGCUGCGCACUGUGACUCACAAUGGCAUAUCUGGUUAUUUGGCUAUAAUGUAUAAAGACCUUGUGGGCAAGGCUUUAGUUACUUCAGUAGCCACCGACUUACCAUCGACAUUUUCUGGUCAAGAUUUUCGUACUAUAAUCCUGCAAUAUAUUUGUCGUCUGCCUCAUGGUGCAAAAACCGACCUAAUUGAAAAUUCCGACAGUGUGAUUUCUUCACUUAAUGCUUUACGAUUCUUUGCCAUGAAAGAUCACCAAAAUCGUACUGGACUGUGGGACUUCAUGCCCGAAAUAGAGAAACAAUUUCUUGAGCCAUUGCGCAAAGGAUUGGAGAUAUCUGUAGCGCACUAUAAGGCAGAGUUGAAGCGAGUAGAAUAUGGGUUGGGUGCUAAAGAAGAAGCAAAACAGCGUAAAAAUUUGGAGAUGCUAGAUAUAAAUAUAGCGAAUGCAACAACUGAAAGCGGAAAUAUUAAUUUGGAAGUGAACCGUCAACGUAAAAUUGAAAUACUCAAUCAGAAUCUGUGUACGUUUGAUCUGAUGCGGAGUUUGUUAGGGCGCGCAGUCGAGUGUGUGGAAAGCUCGAGUAAACUGUCGAAAAGCACUUCAAUGUAACAAAGUUAUUUGUGCGUC